GUGCUAAAAGUAUGCGGCCAAACGGUGGACUCAGGAAAGACGUACGUCGGAAACCAGAGCCUGUUCGCGAACGCUCUCUGGGAUCUGAGCGUGUGUUUCCGACAUCAGCCUGACACCAUGUCGCGACUCAACAAACUCAUUCAGGCCCUCCAAGAGAUGAACAAAUUCCACACCAUGCUGCUCGACCAGGCCUCCAGAACUAUACUCAAGAAUCUCACUGUCUUCGUCAAAGAAAACAUAAAGGGUGUGAAAGAAUCGCGUCACCACUUCGACAAGAUCUCGGCCGAGUUUGACCUGGCAUUGGGUCGCAAUGCGCAAGCGCAGAAGACUCGCACCUCGGAAAUAGAGGAAAGCCAGCAUUUACUGGCCGCCACUAGGAAGUGUUUCCGCCACACGGCACUCGAACACGCCCAGUGUGUCACCCUCCUGCAGGCCCGCAAAAAGCAUGAGAUACUAGGCACGGUCACUACUGUCCAUAUGCACGCCUGUAACACUUACUUCCAUCAAGGUUACGAUCUUUGUGAAAGUCUACAGCCUUUUUUCCGCCAGUUGGAUGAUGAGGUAACAGACAUGCGGCAGGACUGUUUGAAACUGGAGAAAUCUCUCAACAACCGUCACUCUCUGGUCACAGACGACCGAUCUUCUCCCUAUGGGGGGUAAGGGGGGACCAAGGGUGCGCCCCGCCUACAGGGCUAUCUGUACAAACGAUCGUCAAACGCCUUCAAAACCUGGAAUAGACGCUGGUUUAGUUUAAACGACACUCAGCUGGUGUAUCGCAAACGGACUGGUGAAAAGCGUGACAGUAAUGAGGAAGACCUGAGAAUUUGCACCGUGAAGCCCGCCCAUGACGCCGAGAGGCGAUUCUGCUUUGAAGUACUAUCGCCCACCAAAAGCCAUAUGUUACAAGCCGACUCGGAAGAGAUCUCAGCAUGGGUGACCGCUCUACAGCGAGGCAUAGGAGCUGCCAUACAGCAAACGCCUUGUACGGCUGAAGAAAGGCGGGGAAGGAGAGAUGAAGGACGGGAAGAGGAGGAGGAAGAAGAAGAGGAAGAGUGUGGAGGAGGAGAAGGAGGUGUGGAGGAGGAGAUCGGAAGGAGAGUGUAGGAGGAGAAGUGACGAGAUGGAUAAUAGGAAUACUACAGGAUCUAACCAAGAUGGAGAUAGGAAGGUU